AUGUCUCCCCAGAAUAUUCUCCUCUUCGGCGCCACCGGGCAAAUCGGCAGCUUCAUCCUGUCUGCCAUUCUCUCCGCCCGCCACGAAUUCCAACGCAUCGCCAUCUUCACUUCCCCCUCCACAGCCUCCACCAAAGCUGAACAUCUCAAUGAGCUGAAGAAACAAGGCGCUGAGGUCCUGGUCGGGGACAUUGCAGAUGAAGAUGCCAUUAAAAAGGCAUACAAGGGAAUUGACACCGUCAUCUCCGCCCUGGGUCGAACCUCCCUUCAAGCCCAAAUCCCCCUCAUCAACGUCGCCUCCUCAACCCCCAACGUGAAGUGGUUCCUCCCCUCCGAAUACGGCACAGACAUCGCCUACUCCCCCGCCUCGGCCAACGAAAAGCCGCACCAGAAUAAACUCGCUGUGCGGAAAGUCCUCGAGUCCAUCCCCGCGGAGAAAUUAAACUACACCUAUGUCGUGACGGGCCCCUUUGCUGAGUUUUUUCUGCAUUUUCCGUCAAAGGAGGCUGAGGAGUCUGGGGGGUGGGAUGUUAAGAGUAAGAGGGCGGCGUUGGUGGAGGAGGGAGGACAAGUUAGUUUGACGACUAUGAAGGAUGUCGGUGUUCUCGUUUUGAAUACCCUUCGCAACCCUUCUGUUAGUCUAAACCGUGCUCUCCACGUCAACUCCUUCACGACUACUCCUGCCCAGAUCCAGGCCGAGUUCGAACGACAAGUCUCUGCCGGAACACCCUGGUCUGAUAUUACCCGCACCUCGCUGCCUCGAUUGCGAGAGCUGGAGUCGCAGGCGUGGGAGGCUGGAAAGCCCUAUGCUACCGUCUUGACCCUGAGACGGAUCUGGGCUGAAGGUGGCACGUUAUAUGAGCAGCGUGACAACGGAGUGAUUGGAGAACCAGCUGUGGCGGGAUUGGAAGAGGUUGUUGCAAAUGAGGUCAAAAUACAGACGGAUAUAUAG